AUGUACAUCGUGCUGACAAUCGUGUCUAUAUUCUACAAGCAUCUGACUCUGACGUCUCCGACAUCAUUUGUAACGGCGUACUCAGCGUUAUCUUCUAUCCAGCCUUUACCGCACGCUCUUCUUCUUGGUAUAUCCCCCAUCGUGGAACGCCCUGUGGAGCAGCUAAAAGAUGCUGUUGCCGUUGUUUCCUUGGCGGAAGCUGACGACUGGACACCUAUUCCCCUUAACCGGCAAACAAACAGGUAUCGCUUCUUCCAAGUCAAGGAUGCCUACCGACUAUGCUUCCUUGCCGACGCUACCGUCUACGAAAAUCUCACCCAAGUCACGUCUUUUACCUCGCUCAGACAGCUCGUCUUCUGUGGUAUGCUUCUCCCGCAAGAUUUACACUCUAUUUUGCGUGACCUUCCAAACUUGCAUGAUUUAGCAGUCGUGCACUGCACCGUUCACUUCACUGGUGUCUAUAUAGAUGUUGACCACACUUCUCUGAAACUUCAAUCCCUCACCCUCCUCGAUAUCCGCGCUGUAUUCCCAUCUAAUGAUGAUGACACUAAUCCUCGCAAACCUCGUACCCGUCUGCGAAUGCUUGCACAAUUACAUCGGGUUCUCACACCUUCUUCCCCACCUUCUUCCCCGCCUUGCCCACUCACUGCUCUCGACAUAAAGUUCCCCAUCCAUAAAGAUCGUUCCAGAGUUCUGCCAGGCUUCAUCUCAUUCCUUGAGACUCUUCCCUCCCUCCGCACUCUCAUCUUGGCUCUUCCAGCCCUCUGUGCUAUUUCUGCACCUUUAUCUACCAUCUCUGCUAUCUGUUCUGGACACAGCAUCAUCAAGCUUGAUAUCCGCGACGAGGCUGUGCUCACGCCACUCUACUUUGUAGAAGCGCACUCCCACUUGUCGAGGGUACAAGAGCUCUCCCUGUUUAUAGGGGACUGGGAUGACGAAGUCGUGCUGGCCAUUGUCGCGCGUUUUCCCAAUUUAACUAAGUUACAAGUCAGGUAUGCAAGGGGAGGUCCAAGCGAGGAUACCAUACUCGGUAUGGGUUCGUGUACACUGUACGCUCUUCCGCACCUCGUAUCCGCACAUAUCUUCCGCAUCCCUCUUCCCCCGCCCCCUCAACGUGUCCUUGAGGCAAGGAAACGUGAUGACGACACGAUAUAUGGCGCCCCUGAUAUCGGCGGUACUUACUUCGAGAGCGUGCAUGACAUCGAUACAGUUACUGAUACGCUGAUGGAGGGUGUUCUCAGUCUGCAGCAGCUGCCUUUCUCCCAAGACGUCAGCAUUGACUUUAUGGACGAGCAAGGUAAUGUCUCUAGAUUACAUUUCCAAUCUAAACGCAAGUCUGAUCCUGCCGAAGAACUCCGAAUGUCGGAGCCAUUUGACGAGUACAUUCACGAACUUAUCAUCGCAUGGAACUGUACUUGUCCUGGACUUCGCACUGUUCAGCUGCACCCGGGGUGGGUGUGGCGGCGCGCGGACAUUUUGUUCUUGCCGAAUGGGACACAUGUUGCGUCUGGCUCUGUUCUAUUGUCUACAUGCGGUCUGAUACUGUCAUUUGAUUAA